AUGGAAUCUUCUGAAGCACAUCUAGAUACAAUCGAGUCUCAGAGGUCAACGGUUGUCUUUCAAGAUCAAAGAAGACAAAGAUGCUUUCCUAUGAAUCUGAUUUACAAAGCCGCAGGCAUAUUCAGCUCAAGAAAUUCCUCUCAAAGGGGAGACACGGAAUCUGUGCCAGAGUUCCUUACCAAUCUCAGAUUGUUGGAUCUUUUCAAUCUCCCUGUUGGAUGCAUCCAGAUGAAUCCGGAGACUUUUUGCGGAGUGAGUGAUGGGAACAAAGAAUGUGUGGAGAAGUUGAGAAGCCAUGAAAUGGCAUGUCUCAAGAGCCAUAGUGGAGAUUCUGUUCUUCAUCUUGCUGCUACAUGGGGUCAUCUAGAUUCCGUGAAGAGCAUUGUCUCUGAGUGUCCAUGCCUUAUAUUGGUCCCAAACUCGAAAGACCAGCUUUCCCUACAUGUUGCGGCUUAUGCCGGCCAUUCAGCUGUUAUUGAGGCUCUUGUUGCGACAUUAACUUUUGUUUCAGCUAAACUGUCUGAAGAAGAGAAAGAGAAGCUGAAUCUAUAUGUUGUCAAGGACAAAGAUGGAGAUACUCCUUUGCAUUUGGCGUUGAAAGGACGCUAUAUGGAGAUAGCUUCCUCCCUUGUGAAAGCGAACAACCAAGCUUCGUUUCUUGCGAAUAACGAGGGAAUAUCUCCCUUGUACAUGGCCAUAGAAGCUGGAGACUUAUCACUUGUGAAAGCUAUUUUAAAAACUACAGGCGAUAAUGGCCUUGAAAGCAAGAAGUGUAGCUUAGAUUCAAAGUUGGAAGGGAGAAAAUAUCUUGCUCACGCUGCUUUGAAGGCCAGAAGUACAGAUAUCCUUGAUGCUAUUCUGAAAAAAUAUCCAAGUCUUGAGGAUGAGCCAGAUGAACAAGGAAGGACUUGUCUUUCAUUUGGAGCAUCCAUAGGGUAUUACGAAGGAGUAUGCAAUCUCUUAGACCGAUCAACAAAGAAUGUUUAUGUGUGUGAUGAUGAUGGUUCAUUUCCAAUCCACUUGUCUGUAGAGAAAUGCAGUAGGGAGAUUGUUGACGUGUUUCUAAAACGUUGUCCAGAUUCAAAACACUUGCUUAACAAACGUGGUCAGAACAUUCUCCACAUUGCAGCAAAGAUGGGCCACCAUAUAAUCAAAAAUGAUGUGAGGAAAAUUCUGGAAUUUGGGCAAGAUGUGGAUGGGAAUACACCUUUGCACCUUGCCACAAAAAAAUUGUGCUCUGGACUCAUUACUUCUCUUACUUCGGAUGUAAGGAUACUGCAAGUACGUAACAAUAAUGGGUUAAGAGCUCCGGAUAUCGCUGAGUCAGAGGUGAAACCAAACCACAUCUUCCAAGAGAGGUUGACAUUGGCACUCUUAUUAUCUGCUAAUACCAAACAAAAGGGCUAUGAAAAGAUAAGGUCAAUGACAAGACCAUCAGAGCCACUAAACCAUGACAAAAACCGAGACUACGUCAACACUCUUCUGCUGGUGGCAGCUCUUGUAGCAACACAAUGACGUUUGCUGCAGGU